AUGGGCCCAACGCCCAGUGCACCCAGUGAUGACGAGUUGUCCGUCAACUAUGUUCAUGCUUUAUACGGCGAAGGCAGCAUAGACAGCCUGGUCCAGAAUUUCUGGAAUCUGGAGGCAGUCGGUAUGAAGCACGAAGGCACCUACAUCACCUCUGCAGAGAACCUGGCUGAGGAGAUCUUUGAGAAAUCCAUCAGCUUCCAUGAUCAGCGAGUCACCAUUGCAGUCCCAUGGAUCCACAGCAACGGCGAGCCUGGUGUCACCGCUAAUCGCGCCAUGGCAGACCAUCGCCUGUGCAUGCUAGGGAAAACAAUGGACAAGCGUCCAGAGCUGAAGGCAGCAUACGGCAAAGUCAUAUGUAGCCACAUUGACAAAGGCUAUGUGCGCACAGUGUUGGCAGCAGAGGUUGAGGCAGAUGGCGACGACCAGUGGUUCCUGCCGCAUUUCGCCCUUGUACGAGAUGACAAGGCCACCACGAAGGUACGUGUCGUCUUUGAUGCUGCUGCCAAGUAUGACGGCACAUCGAUCAAUGAGUGCAUGUACGCUCGACCCGCUCUGCAGAAUGACCUAGUGAAAGUGCUUCUGCGGUUCCGCAAGGAGCCAGUGAUGCUCACGGCGGACAUUACCGUGAUGUUCCUGCAAGUCGUGCUGGCUGAGCAAGACCGCCGAUAUCAUCGCUUUGUGUGGGACUCACGUGUAUACGAGUUCGAGGGGUUGGUGUUCGGCAUCAAGGCGUCUCCGUACCUGGCAUGCAAGGCGCUACAAGUGGUGUGCCCCGAGACAGCCGACAAGUAUGGCCCUGCCAUGUUGCAGAUCGUUGACCGAGACAUGUAUGUGGAUGAUCUGCUGCGCUCUGCUGUCUCCGUACUGGAAGCCAUCCGCACACAGCAGACAGUACAGGACAUCCUUGAGCAGGGCAGCUUCCACCUCCGCAAGUGGCUCAGCAAUAGCUCGGAGGUGAUGGACGGCGUACCGGAAGCUGACAGCUCACCGCAGCUCGCAGCUAGCAUCAAUGAUCAUGAUAACUGUGUGCUACCAUCAGUCAAGACGCUAGGCGUGAUGUGGUCGGCAGAGGAUGAUACCUUCGCAUUUGAGUUCAAGCCGCCUGCAACAAAGAAGCUGACCAAGCGAGCCGUGCUGAGUAAGAUGGCAUCUAUAUUCGACCCAGGCGGACAACUAGCUCCCUUCACGAUUCGCUCUCGUGUCAUGUUCCAGGAGCUGUGCAUCCUCGGCGUGGGCUGGGAUGAUCCACUGGACGCUGAGCACAUGCGGAGAUGGACAUCCUCGUUUAGCGAGCUGGGAGAUCUGGCGCCGAUCCGUGCGCCGCGCUGCUUCAAGUGUCCGGAUCGCGAGUCGUCUGUCCCUACAUUGUCGCUGCACGUGUUCACGGAUGCUUCAGAUGCCGCCUACACCGCUAACGUGUACGUUCGUGCUGAGUACCCAGAUGGCAAUGUGCGCGUGACCCUAGCACUCGCCAAGGCGCGUCCAUGUCCCAUUAAGAAGAUGUCGAUCCCGAAGCUGAAGCUGGAGCUGAAGGGUGCUAUGCUUGGUGUUUGCCUGGCCCAGACAGUGAAUGACGCGCUAGAUCUGCCGAAGGCUGAUGCCACCUACUGGUCCGACUCGAUGAACGUGCUUCGUUGGGUGAGAACACAUUGCAGAAAGUUUAAAGUCGACGUGGGCAACCGGGUAGCUGAAGUACAAGAGUAUUUAGCUGGCAGCCAGUGA